GGUUGAGCAGUCCGCUUCGAGAGGCCGAUGCGAUCGGUUGGGACGGCACCCUUCUCCAGAGUCGAAGUGAUCCCCAGACCUGUGUGUGUAUAUGAUAAAAGACUGGCAAAGUGCUCGCUGUGAAACCAAGUAAUUGGAUGCAAACUCCUCGAACGUAAAUAGCAAAAAUACUGCAAUGUCCGCAAAGACUUCUGUGUGGCUUGCAUUCCUCUGCGCCCUCGGCUGCCUGGUUCACGACGCCGACUUGAGGAGUAUUCAACAGAAGGCCUCUCAGUGCGGCUAUCAGAGCUGCCAUGCCACAAAACCGAAUAUGCUGAACGUUCACCUCGUGGCCCACACGCACGACGAUGUCGGAUGGCUGAAAACCGUCGACCAAUACUACUAUGGCAGCGAAACCAGGAUCCAGAAGGCUGGAGUGCAGUACAUCAUCGACUCGGUGGUGGAGGCCUUGCUGAGGGACCCCGAGAAGAGAUUCAUAUACGUCGAGUCCGCGUUCUUCUUCAAGUGGUGGAAGGAGCAGACCACCACAGUCCAGGAUGCUGUGAAGAUGUUGGUGGAGCAGGGCAGACUGGAGUUCAUUGGCGGCGCCUGGAGCAUGAACGACGAGGCCACGACGCAUUAUCAGAGUGUGAUCGAUCAGUUUUCUUGGGGACUGAGACUCUUGAACGACACCUUUGGCGAGUGUGGACGUCCGCGAGUGGGAUGGCAAAUCGAUCCCUUCGGCCACUCCAGGGAGAUGGCCUCCAUGUUCGCGCAAAUGGGCUUCGAUGGCAUGUUCUUCGGGCGGUUGGACUACCAAGAUAAGGACGAGCGUCUCAUGACCAAAAACGCCGAAAUGAUAUGGCAUGGAUCUGCCAAUCUGGGCGAGGAAGCGGAUCUGUUCAGUGGCGCUCUGUACAAUAACUACCAGGCACCAGAUGGUUUCUGUUUCGACGUUCUGUGCAGCGAUGCCCCCAUAAUUGAUGGCAAACACAGUCCCGACAACAAUGUGAAAGAGCGCGUGGACACCUUCUUGGAGUAUGUCACGAAAAUGGCCACCCAGUUCCGCACUCCCAACGUGAUCCUUACCAUGGGUGAGGACUUCCACUACCAAAACGCGGAUAUGUGGUACAAGAACCUGGAUAAAUUGAUUAAGUAUGCCAAUGAGCGCCAGGCGAAUGGCUCGAACAUAAACCUCCUCUACUCGACCCCAUCGUGCUAUCUGAAAUCGCUGCACGAUGCUGGCAUCACCUGGCCCACCAAGAGCGACGACUUCUUCCCCUACGCAUCCGAUCCCCAUGCCUACUGGACCGGGUACUUCACUUCGCGUCCCACUCUGAAGCGAUUCGAACGGGACGGCAAUCAUUUCCUGCAAGUCUGCAAGCAGCUGAGUGCUCUGGCCCCCAGCAAGCCCGGAGAAUUCGAGCCUCACCUGACCUUCAUGCGCGAGACCCUGGGAAUAAUGCAGCACCAUGAUGCCAUAACCGGAACGGAGAAGGAGAAGGUUGCCCUGGACUACGCCAAGCGAAUGAGUGUUGCCUUCAGAGCCUGCGGGGCCACCACUCGAAAUGUGCUGAAUCAGUUGACGGUGAAGUCGAAGGAGCACGUCAAGGACAACACGGCCAAAUAUGUGUUUGAGUUCAAAACCUGUCCCUUGCUCAACAUCACUUCCUGUCCCGUCUCCGAGGUGAACGACAGGUUCGCCCUGACCCUUUACAAUCCCCUGGCCCACACUGUCAAUGAGUACGUGAGGGUCCCCGUAGCAGAUCCCAGUUACAAGAUCAUCGACAACAAGGGUGUGACCUUGGAAACCCAAGCUGUUCCAAUCCCCCAAGCAGUAAUCGACAUCAAGCACAGGAAUUCCACUGCCAAAUAUGAGCUCGUUUUCCUGGCCACCAACAUUCCUCCUCUGGGAUACCGAACAUACUACGUUGAGAAAGUGGAAAGCACUGAAAGCAGCUUCAAGCCAAAGGCUUUGCCGAAGAGCACCUCUAGUGUUUUCCAAAUUGGGAACAGUCACAUUAAACUCGGGUUCGACACCAAUGGAUUCCUCUAUGACGUAACCGCUGACGGUCUCACCAGGCUGGUCAGUCAGGAAUUUUUGUUCUACGAAGGUGCUGUGGGAAACAAUGCCGAGUUCCUCAAUCGAUCAUCCGGGGCCUACAUCUUCCGGCCCAACGAAAACAAGAUUCACUUUGCCACCGACCAGGUGGAGAUUGAGGUCUACAAGGGCGAUUUGGUGCAGGAGGUCCAUCAGAAGUUCAACGAUUGGAUUAGCCAGGUAGUGCGGGUCUAUAGCAGGGAUUCCUUUGCGGAGUUUGAGUGGUUGGUGGGACCGAUUCCCAUCGACGACGGCAUCGGCAAGGAGGUCAUUACUCGCUUCAACUCCGACAUUGAGUCCGAGGGCAUUUUCCGCACCGAUUCAAAUGGUCGCGAAAUGAUCAAGAGGAAGCUCAACCACCGUGACACGUGGAGCGUGAAGAUCAACGAAGAAGUGGCGGGCAAUUACUACCCCAUCACGACCAAGAUAGAUCUGGAGGACGACACGGCUCGCAUGGCAAUCCUGACGGACAGAGCCCAGGGAGGCAGCUCCCUGAAGGAUGGCUCCUUGGAGUUGAUGGUUCACCGUCGCCUCUUGAAGGACGACGCCUUCGGAGUGGGCGAGGCUCUGAACGAGACUGAGUUCGGAUAUGGACUGAUCGCUCGGGGAAAGCAUCACCUUUUCUUCGGAAAGUCCACUGAUCGCGAGAGUGUUUCCCUCAAGGGACUUGAGAGGCUGACCCAACUAGAGAAGCUGCUGCCCACAUGGAAGUUCUUCAGCAACAUGGAGGCCUACAGUGCCGACGAGUGGCAGACUUCCUUUACCAAUUCGUUCACAGGCAUUUCCUUGGUUUUGCCCAAGCCCGUGCAUCUUCUGACCCUGGAACCCUGGCACGAGAACCAACUUCUGGUGCGGUUCGAGCACAUAAUGGAGAACGGAGAGGACGCCUCGUACGCCCAGCCCGUUCAGUUCAAUGUUAAGAACGUCCUAAGUGCCUUCGACAUCGAGGGCAUCCGCGAGACCACCUUGGAUGGCAACGCCUGGCUGGACGAGUCUCGGCGACUGCAAUUCGUUCCGGAUCCCCAGGAAGCCGCAUCCAACACAUAUGCAACGUUCUCGCAGCCGGCGGAGUCGGUUCACCUCCUGAGUGCCGAGAAACCUAUGCUGGGGGUCAAGUACGCAGAGGAGGGCCUGCCAGCCGGACAACUGGGGGCCCAGAGUAACCGCAUUAGGCGCGAAAUCGACUCAGAGCAGGCUAAUCAGGCCGAGGGACGAUCCUCUAAGGCGACUGAGGGGGCCUUUAACUCCUUCAAGGCAGACAGCGCCAAUCAAGAAUACAUCAUCGAACUGAGCCCCAUGGAGAUCCGCACAUUUAUUGUCUAUUUGGCCGCGGCCUAAGCUCUAAGAACAAAAAAACUUUUUAAUAAAAUUAUAUUUGUAAUGUAAA